UGACAAAAAAGUCACCUUGACCUUUUCAACAUGCCUAUUUGACAUAUUUAGACAGCUUAGAGGUGAUACACAAUGACUUCGUUUCGUCGUCGUAACAGUAGUUUCUUUCGGGCAUUUAAAGAUGCCGAUGAUGACGCUGAUUUGUUUAGCAUGGACAGGGGAGCCACCGCUGCUUCCCAGAAUCGAUGGCACUUCGAAUGCGCUUGGGAAGUUGCAAAUAAAGUUGGAGGCAUCUACACUGUGAUAAAGUCUAAAGCUCCAGUGAGCACAGAAGAACUAGGAGAACAGUAUUUUCUGGUUGGUCCAUACAAUGAUUCUUGUGUACGGACUGAGGUGGAGCUGUUGGAACCACACCACUAUGUCAUUAAGGCUGUCCUUGAAGAGAUGAGAUCGCACGGAAUAAAGGUGCACUUCGGCCGCUGGUUGAUAGAUGGUUAUCCAAAGUUGAUUUUGUUUGACAUUGGUUCAGCGGCUUGGAAACUUGAUGAAUUCAAACAUGAUUUGUGGGAGAACACCCAUAUUGGUAUCCCUCUUCAUGACUCAGAAUCUAACGAUGCUCUAAUCCUCGGAAAUCUAACAGCUUGGUUUAUUACAAGUUUUCGAAACAAAUUGGAGGGACGCCCGUAUGUGUUGCUGCACUGUCACGAGUGGUUAGCUGGGGUGGCUCUCAUACUGCUAAGGAUGCGUAAAGUGGAUGUUGCCACGGUGUUUACCACUCAUGCCACCCUGCUGGGCAGGUACUUGUGUGCAGGAAACUCUGAUUUCUACAACAACCUCGACAAGUUUGUGUUGGACAAGGAGGCUGGGGACCGUCAGAUCUACCACCGCUACUGUAUGGAACGGGCAGCCGCCCACACGGCACACGUGUUCACCACUGUGUCAGAGAUUACGGGUGUGGAGGCGGAACACCUCCUCAAACGCAAGCCGGAUAUCAUCACACCGAACGGUUUAAAUGUGAAGAAAUUUAGUGCCAUCCACGAGUUCCAGAACCUUCAUGCCGUUUAUAAGGAGAAAAUUCAUGAUUUUGUGAAGGGCCAUUUCUAUGGGCACUAUGACUUUGACCUGGACAAGACGCUGUAUGUGUUUUCUGCGGGCAGAUAUGAGUUCUCCAAUAAAGGAUGUGACCUCUUCUUAGAGUCAUUAGCUAGACUAAAUCACUUUUUAAAGACUGCAGGCAGUGAGAUGACAGUUAUAGCAUUCCUGAUCUUCCCAGCGCGUACAAACAACUUCAACAUUGAAUCUCUUCGUGGCCAGGCCAUUGCCAAGCAGCUGCGCGACACCGUCAGCCAUAUACAGGGACAGCUUGGCAAGAGAAUCUUUGAGAAGGCUCUCAGAGGGGAAUUGCCAUCAGGAGAUGAUAUUCUGGUACAAGAAGACAUAGUCAAAUUGAAAAGAUGCAUCUUCUCAGCUCAGAGAAACACACUGCCCCCGAUCUGCACACACAAUGUUGUAGAUGACCACAAAGACCCAAUACUGGCGGCUCUACGUAAUUGCCAGCUCUUCAACAACAGGCAUGACCGAGUCAAGGUGAUAUUCCACCCUGAGUUCCUGAACUCAACCAAUCCGCUGUUUGGACUGGACUAUGAGGAGUUUGUACGUGGCUGCCAUCUUGGUGUCUUCCCCUCGUACUACGAGCCGUGGGGAUACACUCCAGCGGAAUGUACUGUGAUGGGGAUCCCGAGCAUGACGAGUAACCUUUCUGGGUUUGGUUGUUUCAUGCAGGAGCACAUUGCUGACCCUAAGUCAUAUGGUAUUUACAUUAUCGAUCGCAGAUUCCAGGGUAUUGAUGAUUCUGCCCAGCAGCUCGCACAGUACAUGUUUGACUUCUCCUGCCUGUCAAGACGACAGAGAAUCAUCCAGAGGAACAGAACAGAGCGACUCAGUGAACUGCUAGAUUGGAAAAAUCUGGGUGUGUACUACAGGAAGGCCCGUAGCCAGGCCCUAGUGAAAGCAUUCCCUGAUAACUUCUCCGAGGCCAGUCUCAUGGAAAAUGAGGAAGUUCCUACAAAGCCACGGAAGGUGAUGUACCCAAAGCCUGCAUCAGAGCCUCCCUCCCCGAGCCAGUCUCGAAGCUCAACACCUGCAGUGUCUGAUCAGGAGGACGAUGAACACAGACCAGUGAAGUUUGAUGAUGAAGACAAUCCUACAGAUGAUGAGGAGGAUCUUAAUCCAGAGGCUGACCAGAAGAACUGACCAUUGUCCAGCAGUAUAUGGCUCUAGAAUCCACUACAACACUGGUCCUUCAUAACUCAGAGGAGAUCAUGUGGAAAAAUAAAGAAUGAUGAUUAUAAAGAAUGAUUGUAUGAGAGUUGGAAAUAAAGUGUGUGUUAUGUUGAAAUAUUUUCUUGCAGGAUGAGGAUAGAGUAUGUGUAUGUCCUUAAAGAUUAAGGACUCAUAAGCCAUUUGAUCUUUUCAGUGCAAACCUAGAAUCAUUAUUGAGUAUUUUCUGAGUGCAAAUGAUGCGUGUAUCACUCUGCUUUUCUUGUCCAAUAUCAGUAUCAUUUUAUGUAUAAAUUUGCCAUUGGACAAUUUUUUGCUUGAUAUGCUAGUAUAUAUAUAUAUAACCUGUACUAACUCUUUUAGUGAAGUCAAAUAUUUUUUCCGUGUGAUAUUUAAGUAAUUAUAGAUAUUUACAGGAAUUGUAUAUGCUCAUAAAUAUUUGUAUGCUCUCAUAUUUUGACAUGAUUAAUGCGUAAAAUUAGAAUCAAUACAAAAUAUACAAACAUUGAUAUAAAAUUAGGUGAGCAAAAAUGCAAAUAUGUUGUUUUAUGAAAAUUGAGAAGGCAUUGUAAUAGAAUGAUAUAUAUAUAGUGACAGGAUUUGAGUUUCUAUCACAUCCUUUACUCAAGUAGUGUUCAAAAAUAUAUCAGGGAUAUGAGGUUUUUACCAGUACAUAAAAAAGGACAGUCUUGCCGUGGUUUUAUUUUAUAAUAUUUUUAAUAAGGGCAUAUGUAAUUCAUUGUGUUCAUUAAAAAAAUGGUAAAAAUUAAACAUUGCAUGUGGAUUGAUUGUUAAAACCUGUGUAGUUUUCAUUGUUACUAAGAUUAAAAUCUGACAAUUAUUAAUUCUACGUAGACUGUUAUGUUUAUGUAUACAGGAGAUGCAUUUAGAUUAUACAUUUUCUGUGUCAAAAUUUGGGCCAUAUCUAUUAGUGAUAAUUUUCUUGAAGUACAUUAGUAAGUGAAGCUGGGUUUUAAAAUAUUGUUGUUUUACUAAGCAAUCCUUAUAGGGGCUCUUCCAUUUAAACAUAUAAUCCCCUGCGGGAAGGCACUUAUAAUGUAUGCCACCCCCUACAGAAGCAAAUGUACCCUUUUGUUUAAUACCCUUAUGCUUUAAAAAAUAAUUGCCUACCCUCCGGGAGUUACAUGUUUUACUGGAACAGCCCUAUGCACAAAUACCCUAGAUCCAUAUGAAUACACAAUACAAAUCAGGUGUAAGCAACAGUUUGUGGUAGAAGGUAUCUUAUGUACACUUACCUGAAUUUUAAAUGCCUGGUAGCAUCAUUAUGUUUUGGCAUCAUUUGGAAUGGGGUGCAUGUGUAGAGAAAUAAUAUCCAAAAACCAUUCCGAACAAACAUCAGAAGCAAGUUUUUUUUUGCCUUCAAAGAUUGCAAAACAUGCCAUUUUACGUCUGAUUUUAUUGAAAAUAAAGAACAAAAACAUAAACUGUAAUACUUUAUCUAUAGUGUAUUUUUGGUCAUUAAAUUUUCAUAUUAGUUAGAAGUAGGACUGCUUGCUUGCACUUUUAAAUGAUACUAUAAUUAUAUUGGGUUAUCAGGCAUCCAAAUUUAUCAAUGUUGCUAAGAAAAGACAAUUAUAUUUGUACAUCAAAUACCUUUAAGUGGUAAGUAAUGAAUAGGAUAGUAUGCAUUAACAUGUAGUGCUUCCAGCUGGCAAGGUUACUCAGUGCUGUUGAAGGGGUCAUUUCAGCAAAUUUAACAUGUAUGGUUAACAGGAAAGAUUUCCUUGAAAUGUGUGUUGCACUAAUUGUUUUUAUUCUAUUUGAAUGAUUAUCUUUAUGUGUUUUGAUUGUUUUUUACCUGUUGCUUGUUUUCUUGAUUGUAUUAGCUAUAUAUAUCCGCAACUUAAAGAAUUUUAGCAUACAUUUCUAUUUUUUCGUGUCCAUCCUCACUACAAUAUACAGUUUCAAUUCUUUUCUGUUCCAUGUACAUUGAUACAUAGGUCUUGAUUUUCUCUUAAAAUUAUCAAUAUUUACAUAAGGGUUUACAUAGUACAACACUUUUUUCUUUUCUAUUACAAUCUAUUUUGGUAUGGAUAAUGUUGAAUUCAUAACUAAAUAACAUAGAUUAAAUACUUAUAAUUUAGUGAUAAGAAAAUGUGCUAUGUAUUUAUAACUUUAAUGGAGGGCAUUACUUUCUUUGAGUUUAAUGUAUGUUGUAUGUGUGAUGCAACGCUAAAGAGGCAGCUAUUUUUACCCUUGUAAGUAUUGUUUGCCAUGUGUUUUUAGCGCCUCUUUUUUCUGUAAGAAUAAUGUUGAGCUAUUGUCAUAGCCUUGUUGUUGGUCGGGGCAGCGUUGUGGGCAUUGUGCAAAAACUUUAACCUUGGCCAUACCUCAAAUACGUUAAACGUAUUCAAAUGAAAGUUGGUACUUUGUUUUCUCUGUUGUUACCAGAGAGAAUGUUUAGCUAGACCUGUAACUCGGGCUUGUAUAAUUUUCGAGCUAUAAAAAUACAGGCAAGCGUAUGUAUUUGCUCUGGCAUUUUAUAGCUGUCUAAGAAUUCUGAAGCUUUGUGUAAGUUAUCAACUAAUAUUUUAAAUGUGUGAUACAUUGUAUGUUUAUAAAAAAGCUAAAUAUAUAUAUAUAAAGUAAAGUUUGCUUUUGAACCUGUUCUAAUUCAGAUUGAUAACAUUUGAAAUAUGGAAACUGUAUUGACAGUUAAAAUUGUAUUCAGCUAAGCAUUUUCUUAUAUCUUAUUCUAUAUCCCCAUUGGCUUCCAAUACCGGUAUGUGUGUUGCUUUUGUGUACCAAAGAAAAAGCUUUGUGCAAAAGUUUUUUGUUAAUGUCAUAUUUUUGUUGAUAUCUUUGUUUUGUUUUGAUUUCACAAAUUCCAAGAGAAUAACGUGUACCUCCCUUUAUUAGACACCAAUGAGAGUCUGCUGUAUUUUAAGUAUUUUUUGUUUUUGUUGAUUUUUCCUAUGCCAUUUAGACUUUCGUUAUAUCGUAGCAUGCGAGAAACAUAUUCAUAUAGGAUAGGGUUUAAUAAAUAUUACAGGAUUUUUGUUGUGGUUUCUUAGUAACUGAAAUGUAAUUGUGGAGAAUGUGUGAAUGGAUUUGUUUAAAACAAUUGUAUUAUAUAAAGCUACUACCCAUGA